GGCCACGCGGAGCCCGAGGCUCAGUACCAGAACCACCUGGAGGCCGAGGGCCUUUACGGGGAGCCCGAGCUGCCCUUCCCGGCCCACGGCGACCCCGAGCCGCCGUUUCCGCCUCACCUGGAGCGCGACGGGACCUACCCCGAGCACCUGGAGCACGACGGCGCCUACGGGGAGCCCCUGGAGCGGGAGCGGCCCUACCCCGCGCACCUGGAGCGGGACGCGCCCUUCGAGCCUUUGACCGAGCGCGACGGACCCUACGGCGGCCGGGCCGAGCACGACCGGCCCUACCCGGGCCGAAAGGAACGGGACAGAGCCUACCUGAGCCGAGCCGAGCGGGACGGGCCCUACGCGGCCCGCAUGGAGCAGGAGGGGCAGUUCCACGGCUGCCUGGAGCGGGACCUCCAGUACCAGCCGCACCUGGAGCGGGACGGGCAGUACCCGGCCAGGAUGGAGCGGGACGGGCAGUACCCGGCCAGGAUGGAGCGGGACGGGCAGUACCCGGAUGGANUGGACCGCGAGGGGCCGUACCCGGAGCGGGACGGGCAAUACCCGGAGCGGGACGGGCAGUACCCGGCCCGGCUGGAGCAGGAGGGGCCGUACCCGGCCCGGUUGGAACGGGAGGGGCCGUUCCGGGCCCGGGACGGGCACUACGGGAGCUGCUGGGAGCGGGAGUGGGCGCGGGGGCCGCUGAGCCGCGGCCCCUCCCGCAGCUCCAGCCCCGGCGGGCGCAGCAGCAGCGGCAGCACCAGCCCGGCCACCACGCUGCAGCGCAACGUGGACGGCGAAGCCCCGGGCAGCGAGGGGGGGGUCCCGGUGCCCGACAGCCCCGGGAGACCCCCCCCGUACCGGGGCCUGGCCCCGGCGGCGCCCCCAGGCCCGGGGGGCGGCCCCGGGGGGGUCUCCCCGGGGGGGGCCUGGCCCCGGCUGCCCCCCCAGCCCGCCAGCGUGGCCCUGCGCAAGCAGGAGGAGGAGGAGGAGAGCAAGAGGCCGAAGGCUCUGAGCGACAGCUACGAGCUCUCCACCGACCUGCAGGACAAGAAGGUGGAGAUGCUGGAGCGCAAGUACGGCGGCUACUUCCGCUCGCGGCGCGCGGCGCGGACCAUCCAGGCCGCGUUCCGGCGCUACCGCAUGGCGCAGAAGUUCGAGCGGCUGCGCAGCGAGGGCGGCCGGGCGCGGCGCCUGGCGCUGCCGGGGCUGCGCCUGCAGUUCUCCUUCGAGGAGUACGACCGCGGCCCCCCGGCCCCCGCCCCGGGGCCGCCCCCGCCGCCCCCGCCCUACUUCCAGGGCAAACCGGCCUCGCUGGACGAGGGCGUCCUGGGGGGGCCGCGGCGCGCGCCCCGUUACGGGGGGUCCUGCCGGGCCGGCCUGGACGGGGGCGGGGGUCCCGGCGAGGGGGUGGCGGUGGGGGGCGGCUCCGGGGUGAAGUCCUUGGCCGCCUCCAUCGAUGAGGCGCUGGGCGGUGGUCGCGGGGUCCCCCCCGGCGCCCCGGACCCUCCGGCGGGGGACAGCGCGGCCACCUCGGCCAGCGACGUCACGCUGUACCUGGACGAGGGGCUCCCCGGCUCCCCCCGCUCCCCGGAGAGACCCCCCAGCCCCGAGCCCCCCGCCGACACCGGGGGGCCGCCGCCGCCGCCCUGCCGGGGGCGGGGGGCCGGGGGGGGACACCCCCCGCUGCUGACGGUGGAGCCCCCGAGCGACAGCUCGGCCGACCUGAGCGACCGCUCGGACCGCGGCUCCAUCAACCGGGGCGGCCCCUACGAGCCCGAGGGCGCCGGGGGGGGCACCCUACCCCGCUCCGGGCCCCCCCACCGCUGCUUCCACCCCGAGGGACCCCCCCCGCCGCCCCCCGGCCCCCCGCCCCCGCCCGCGGCCGAGGAGGGCUCCGAGGGCGACAACGAGAGCCUGGGCAGCAGCUCCAACUCCAACGAGACCCUCAACUGCUCCUCGGGCUCCUCGUCCCGCGACAGCCUGCGCCGGCCCCCCCCGCCGCCGCCCCCGCCGCCCACCGCGCCCCCGCAGCCCCCCGGCACCGCCGGAGCCCCCGGGAAGGCCACGUACCAGCGGGAGCCGCGGCAGAGCUGGGACUCGCCGGCACUCAACAACGACGUGGUGCAGCGGCGCCAGUACCGCAUCGGCCUCAACCUCUUCAACAAGAAGCCGGAGAAGGGGAUCCAGUACCUGAUCGAGAGGGGGUUCCUGUCCGACACCCCCGUGGGCGUCGCCCACUUCAUCCUGGAGCGGAAGGGCCUGAGCCGGCAGAUGAUCGGCGAGUUCCUGGGCAACCGCCAGAAGCAGUUCAACCGCGACGUCCUCGACUGCGUGGUGGACGAGAUGGAUUUCUCGGGGAUGGAGCUGGACGAGGCCCUGCGGAAGUUCCAGUCCCACAUCCGGGUGCAGGGGGAGGCGCAGAAGGUCGAGCGCUUGAUCGAGGCCUUCAGCCAGCGCUACUGCGUGUGUAACGCGGCCCUGCUGCGCCAGUUCCGCAACCCGGACACCAUCUUCAUCCUGGCCUUCGCCAUCAUCCUCCUCAACACCGACAUGUACAGCCCCAGCGUCAAGGCCGAGCGCAAGAUGAAGCUCGAGGACUUCAUCAAGAACCUGCGAGGGGUGGACAACGGCGAGGACAUCCCCCGGGACAUGCUGGUGGGCAUCUACCAGCGCAUCCAGAGCCGCGAGCUGCGCACCAACGACGACCACGUGUCCCAGGUCCAGGCCGUGGAGCGCAUGAUCGUCGGCAAGAAACCGGUGGGUCGGGGGUGGGACAGGGCACCCGGGGGGUGGGACCCACGGGGGGUGUCCCAGAUUACCAGUUUGGGAUCACGCUGGGUGAUUUUUAGGGGUGUCCCUGUCCCUUUGGGGGUGCCCCUGACCCCGUGCCCCCCAGAUUACCAGUUCGGGAUCAAGCUGCUGUCGGCGGCGCCGGGCGGCGAGCGCAAGGUGCUGAUCGUGUUCAACGCCCCGAGCCCCCAGGACCGGCUGCGCUUCGCCAGCGACCUGCGCGAGUCGGUGGCCGAGGUGCAGGAGAUGGAGAAGUACCGGGUGGAGGGCAAGCGGGGCCGGCGGAACAGCGUGGGGUCCCUGGACAGCACCAUCGAGGGCUCCAUCAUCAGCAGCCCCCGGCCGCAGGCGCGGGGGGGCCCGGGCGGGCCGGCGGCGACCCCCGAGGGGGGCUACAAACCCCCGGCCCGGCCGGUCUCCAACUCCUCGUCCUUCCUGGGCUCGCUCUUCGGCAGCCGCCGCGGAAAAGGCCCCGCGGGGCCCCCCCCGGGCGCGGGGGGUCCCACCUCGGCUUCGGCCUCCUCGUCCUCGGCGUCUUCCUCGCAUCACCACCACCACCACCACCCCCCGCCCGCCGCGCCCCCCGAGGCUCCCUCCAAGCUGCAGGCGCUGCACGCCCAGUAUUGCCACGGGGGUCCCGGGGGGGCCGCGGCGGGAGCGGGCGGGGGUCCCGGCCCUCCGCCGCCCCCCCCGUACCCGCAGCAGCCGCCCCCUCCCAGCCGCCCCGCGCCCCCCCCGCCGCUGCCGGCCAUCGCCGCCGGGGCCCCCCCGCGCUUCCACGGCGGGCCCACCCCGCCGUUAUCGGCGCCCCCUCAACAGCACGGCCCCCCCGGCGGGGGGUUCCCCCCACCGCACCCCCAUUACACCCUGCACCGGCCCGGGAAAAGGGGGGGGGCUCCGCCCGGCGCCCCCCGGCAGCCGCUGUCCCCCCUGCCCCUCUACAGCCCCGCCCCAGCCCACCACGGGCUGCCCCACGCGAGCAUGACGUCACAAGCCCCGCCCCUCGGCCUCACCCCGCCCUCCCCGCUGCCGCCGGGCGCGCAUGCGCCGUGCGUCCCUUUAAACGUGCACAUCAAGUCCCGGCCCCUGCGCUGA